AUGGUAAUUUCGAUUUGUUCUUUAUUUUUUAAAUCAAAUAGUGGAAAUAUGUUAAUAAAAAAUCUGAGUCUGAACGAAACAGUGCUGGAGAAAUGCAUUUUGUAUUUUUUCAAGCUAUCUGGAAUCGCAACACUAAAUUUCGACUUCAAGUUAUCAACAAACAGGAGCAAAAAGUUCAGUUCAACAUUCACGCGUUCAAAAACUGGCAUCGCGUACAAUGCAGCUUUAAUUUCUCUCAUCACAAUCGUGACUAAUUACUUGAUUGAAUUUCAAAUUAAUCACAAUAUGUAUAAAAAUUUCUACGAUAAAUUGGACAUAGGAUACGCUGCGUUGAUCAGCGUAACCGCAGUACUGAUCUUAGUCAAAUUUUCAUUUCAACAAGAAAAAACUUUGACGAUUGCUAAUGAACUGAACGAAAUCCGCGAUUCAUUGUCGCUCAACGAUUGUUCAGUAGACGGAAAAGGACAUGCCCUACGAAGGUUCAUAGUGUUAGUCUUCUUGGCACAUUUUUUAUUCCUAACAAUAUUGUUUAGUACCUCUUACGUAUUAAAUAAUACAACUAUAAAUAUAGUAAGAACGACGUUGAAUUACAUUGCCAUAUAUUUGAGCAACUUCAUAAUGCAUUCCAUGAUGCUGCAAUACAGUAUUAUUUUAAAAUUGAUCGAGCAUUUAUCCAGGGGUAUUAACGAUGAUUUGGUUGAAUUUUCAAGACCACCGCAAGGGCUCAAUAGCUUGACGUUUACGAAAAAAACUACCAGUCAACGCGUAGGCCAAUUAGCGAAUUUGCGUAAAAAUUUUUCGUCGCUGUGUAAAGUAUCUCAAGAUGUAUCAGAGUUUUAUUCCUGGCCGAUGCUUCUUUGCCUGUCCUGUAAUUUUAUAGCUUUCGUACGAGCAGCUUUCUAUAUAGCGAUGCCUAUUGUACAUGGAACAGAUGCUUUUACUGCUAAUAUUUACGUUCGUUGCUGUUGCUAUAUAUCUCAUAAUGCUUUUUCUUUGAUUAUUUUGACAAAGUCAGUCACAGCUUCGAUGACCGAGAAUAGAAAGACCAGAGAAAUUGUAAACGACUGUAUUGAAAAUUGCGAUGACCAAGAAAUUUUAAAAAAACUAGAAAAAUUCUCAUGUUACUUGAUGCACAAAAAGAUAACGUUCUCGGUAUUUAAUUUAUUUUCUCUAGAUGAGUCUUUAUUAAUGUCAGUCAUAGGUUCGAUCACAACGUACUUGGUAAUUAUUUUGCAGUUUCAAAAUAAUAAUGCAGAAUAA